CCCUGCCCCAGCAUUUAUCACCUCUUGGCAUCUCCUCCAGGAGGGUCUCCCCUGAAGAUACUGCAUUGGGCCAUUAACUCCUCAUGCCCACUGUGAGUCUCAGAGGGAUCCAGUGCUGAUGGUCCAGCCCAUGCCCCUGGGCCUUUGCACUUGCCUACUCCCCACCUGAAACACCUUUCUCCUGCCUUGCAGAGCUGGCUCUGCUCACCCCUCAGGCAUCAGCUGCAACAUCCCCCACUCCAGGGGUCUUGGGCUCUGACGUUACCCGUGAUAACCUGGUUCUCCUCUCCUCGUCCCACCCCUGGGUCAGUGGUUUCCAGCACUCUUAUCUCUGCAGGACUGACCUGGCUCUGUGUUGUUGACUCGCGGAGUGCCUGUCCCCCUCGUAGUCUCCAGGCACCCUCUCAGGACAGGAACCCCAGCUGCCUUGUUCACUGAGGCAUCCCUAACACCUGCACAGGCCUGGCACACAGUAGGCCCUCAAUAAAUGUUUGUGAAAGGAAUGAAUGGGUGCCAACUGCGUGUCCAGCCCUGUGGGAGGCACUGAGUCUAGAGGAGGAGGAAAUGUGAGCCCAAUGCCCUCUGCCCUGCACCAGCGACCGCGCCCCCUCCCCAGUGUCUGCCCUCAUGCAGCUCCCGGGCUCUCCAGCCACCCCAGCCACCCUCGUCCUCUGUGCUAUUUACCUUGGAACAGACUGAAACAUCACGUGAGCACCAGGGCUCCUGUUCUUUGGGCCUCUAGAUAAUUAUCUGGGCCUUAUUAAACCCUUAAUUAUCCCAGCAACUAAUCAGGCUCCCAAAUAUAAGGGCUUCCUCGUCCCAGGGUGGGGAGGCAGGGGCCAGUCACCGGCAAGACAACCCCAAGCUCGGCAAGGUAAGGAGAGGCUCUACCUGUGGAACGCUCCCCAGAGAGUGUCUUAUUCAGCCUUGUCAUUUUACAGAUGAAAACACUGAGGCUCAGAGAGGGCAAGGAACUUGCCUGAGGUCACACAGCAACUGGGUGGCAGAACCAGGGCUUGGAUCUAUGUCCUUCACACAGUGUUCCUCACCUGACAGGAAGCCACCGGACAUCGCAGUCCUCAGAUGCUGCAGGACUUGGGCAAGGUCAUGGAGACAGCAGAUCUGAGGUGUCUCUUUGGGCUCCAACUGAGGCCAACGGGAGACAAGGGAGGCUCUGCUUUGCAGGAGCUCAGAGCUGAGAUGAGGCAAUGAGGGGAUGGUGGUGGGGGGGUAGGGGGCAUCUAGGAGCAUUUCUCAAGCUGAGGGCGGGGGAGGGGCACUCCAGGUGGAGGAAAAUGUGUGAGCUGACGAUGGGGGUGGAGAAGCAGGAAACACUCAUUUUGGGGUGGGAUGGAUUAGGUAUACAGUCAGAUUCUAACUGAUCUUUGAAGCUAGGGGUGGUUGGGGGUUGAGGGGAGGCUUCCUGGAGGAGGAGGCAAGGACUGAAAUUAGGACUUGAGGGACAAGCAGGUAGUAGAUGGGUGGAGGAAGGGCACUGUAAGAAGGAGGGGAAGCUUAGGCAAAAGCACAAACACAGUCAGAAACAAAACCCCGGCAUUAACCACUUGCCCGGAAAUACCUGCACAGCUGUAUACCCCGAGCCGCUCAUUAACCGUAAGAGGGCAAAAAAACCUUCUCCAAGUGGCCUUAACACCUGGCAUCUGUUCUGGCCUGGGAAAGGGGGAACCAGUCUUGGGGCUCGGUCUCCCCAGCUGGGAGAUGGGGCGGGGCCGGAGGAGACCUUUACCCAGCCCCCUCCAGCCCUGCCGCCCUGGCCCUGAACUCCACCACCCACCACAGGAUGACCUUCAGAGAUUUGGCCCUGGGUGUGCCUGUGCCCAGCAUUUCCAUGGCGCACGUGUAUGUGUUCAUGGGGGCUGAGGAAACAUCAAAAUUGAUUAUUUUCAAGCCAAGGUAGAUAUUUAAAAAUUGGAUAGGACCAGAGACAAAUCAAUCAUGCUUUCAUUUAGCAAAUAUUGACUGUAGGCGUGAAGGUCUCCCUGGCUUUUUCUGUGCUGAUUGCUUCUUAUCCUUUAAGUCUCAGCCUAAAUAUCUCCUCUUUAGAGAGUCCUUCCCUGGCCACCCCUCCCCACCCCCAAACACACUGUAUCCCAUUUAAUUGCCUCGCUUCAAGAUUCAGGAGGAGCAGGACUAUCUCUGCCGUGUGUACUUUGUAGGCUGGUCUGCCUGGCACGUAGUAGGUAUUCAGGAAAUGUGAGUUGAGUGAAUGAACGCAGGCAGGCACGGGCUCAGUAGGCACCUGCCUCUGCGGAUAAGUGGAGCCCUCGGUGGCCGAGCCCACUGUCAGUAGGAGUCCAUCUGGAAUCUUCCCUCUCCAGUGACAAGGCCAGGCCCAGUGGCCACGCCAUCCCCACCCUCCACCAUUCUUUUCAGCCACAGCUCAAAUUGGAAAUAAACACUUGGCCUCUGGUUGAGAGAAUUUCAGGUCUUGGUAAGUAGUAAUUAAGAAGGGGUGUCUGGGGAUCCAGAGGUGGGAGGGGGCUUUCCUGGAAUUUUGAAGGGUCUGGGGUUUUUAUUCAAGUCCCUACUCACCAGCUGUGAGACCUUGGGUCGGGUUCAGACUGUGCCUCCGUUUCCUUGUUGGUGAGGCGAGGUCUCAAGGUGGCUUAAGGGGCUGUAAGCUGAGAUUUCUAGAAAUGGUUCUGAGUUGGAGGAGGAGGCAGAUGCCACUGGCUGUCGUGCCAGUGUUAGGGAAGCAGGGAGUUCCCCCAUUCCCACACUGCCAUGGGAGUCCCUGAAGUCUGGACCAAGUUGGAAUCUCCUCCAUAGCCCCAGCAUUGCACCAUGAGCCACACUUGGACUCAGGAAAAACUGCAGCUAAACCUCCCACCAACCCCAUAAAGCAAGCUGUUCAGAACGCAUCACACCCAGAGACGCAGAAAUCAAAGCUCAGAGAGGGAAGUGACUUGCCUGGGGUGACCCCAGAGGCCCUGUAUUUAAUCUGGACACUCUUUGGUCCUUCUGGGGGACACGGUCCAAAACUCCUGGACUCCUGAGAUCAUCCAGGGGCCCUGUCUGAUCUGGAGCAGGGGAGGUCCCCAAGGGAACCAAGGGUGGGCUGCACCCAAUUCAGGCCCUGUGACACAGGUGAACCAUGCUGCGAAUCCUGUGUCUGGUGCUCUGCGGCCUGCUGACCACCGCACGAGCGGACCCUGGGGCACUGCUGCGACUGGGCAUGGACAUCAUGAAUCGGGAGGUCCAGAACGCUAUGGAUGAGAGUCACAUCCUGGAGAAGAUGGCAGCUGAGGCGGGCAAAAAACGGCCGGGGAUGAAACCCAUUAAGGGCAUCACUAAUCUGAAGGUGAAGGAUGUGCAGCUGCCUGUCAUCACACUGAACUUCGUACCUGAGGUGGGCAUCUUCCAGUGUGUGUCCACGGGCAUGACCAUCACUGGCAAGAGCUUCAUGGGUGGGAACAUGGAGAUCAUCGUGGUCCUGAACAUCACAGCCACCAACCGGCUUCUGCAGGAUGAGGAGAUGGGCCUCCCCAUGUUCAAGAGCGAGGGCUGUGAGGUCAUCCUGGUCAGCGUGAAGACAAACCUGCCCAGCAACAUGCUGCCUAAGGUGAUCAACAAGUUCCUGGACAGCACCCUACACAAAGUUCUUCCUGGCCUGAUGUGUCCAGCCAUCGAUGCGGUCCUGGGAUAUGUGAACAAGAAGUGGGCCAAUGCGAAUGCCCCCAUGCCCGUGGGCCAGAUGGGCACCGUCAAAUAUGUCCUGACGUCCAUACCAACCACCACAGCCAGCUACAUUCAAGUGGACUUUAGUCCCGUGGUGCAGCAGCAUGAGGGCAGCAUCAUCCAGCUUGCUGAUGCCGGGGAGGCCCUCGAGUUCCCCGAGGACUAUGCUGAAGGCUCCUCGCAGCUGCUGCUCUCGGCCGCCUUCCUCACGGCAGAGCUUGCUCUCCUGCAGAAGUCCUUUGAUGUGAAUGUCCAGGACACGACGAUUGGCGAACUGCCCCCACAAACCACUGAGACACUGGCUCGCUUCAUCCCUGAAGUGGCUGAGGCCUAUCCCAAACGGAAACCCCUGGUGACCCAGAUCAGGAUAAACAAGCCCCUCGAGGUCACCAUGAAGACCGGCAAAAGCCUGCUGCACCUCCAUGGCACCAUGGAGAUGUUUGCUGCUCAGCAGCCGGGAAAGGCCCUUGCACCCCUCUUUCUCCUGGAAACUCACUUCAACCUGAAAAUCCAGUACUCAGUUCGUGAGAACCGACUGCAGAUGGCCACCUCUCUGGACAGAUUACUGAGCCUGUCCCGGGGGUCUUCAUCGAUUGGUGCCUACAAUGAGAAGGAAUUGACAGGCUUCAUCACUGAUUUUCUGCAAGAAGCCUACAUCCCAGCCAUCAAUGAUGUGCUCCAAGUCGGACUCCCACUUCCAGACUUCCUGGACAUGAAUUACAACCUGGCAGAGCUGAACAUAGUAGAGCUGCCAUGCCCUAGCCUGGCCCUUUGUUUCCUGCCAGAAUGCCCUGGUGCUGGACUUGAAGCUGGACUGACCAGGGCAGGAUUUGCCUGCCAGCUGCCUGCACACCACCAACUGGCUACACGCUGCGGGGGAGCCCACCUGGCCCCCCAUCACUGGGGCCGCUUCCCUUGAUGAUGAGUGGGCAGGGCAGGUCUGGGCAGGGGCUUGGCAAUAAACAGGAGAAAGGUCCUUACAAACAUGUGGUGCUUUGACCUCU